AUGGAAGCAGAAAACCAAACAGGAGUUUUAGAGUUUAUCCUUCUCGGACUCUCAGAGGACCCAGAAAUGCAGCCCAUCCUCUUUGGGCUGUUCCUGUCCAUGUACCUGGUCACGGUGCUGGGAAACCUGCUCAUCAUCCUGGCCGUCAGCUCCGACGCCCACCUCCACACCCCCAUGUACUUCUUCCUCUCUAAUCUGUCCUUGGUCGACAUCUGUUUCAGUACCAGCAUCGUCCCCAAGAUGCUGGUGAACAUCCAUACAGAGACCAAAGCCAUCUCCUACAUGGAUUGCCUCACUCAGGUCUAUUUUUCCAUGUUUUUUCCUAUCCUAGACACUCUCCUGCUAACGGUGAUGGCCUACGACCGGUUUGUGGCCAUCUGCCACCCCCUGCACUACACGAGCAUCAUGAACCCUCGCCUCUGUGGCCUGCUGGUUUUCGUCACCUGGUUCAUUGGUGUCAUGACAUCCCUCCUCCAUAUUUCUCUGAUGCCACAACUGAGCUUCUGCAAAGAUCUUGGAAUCCCACAUUUUUUCUGUGAACUGACACAGAUCCUCAAGUUGGCCUGCUCCGAUAUCUUCCUGAACAGCACGUUGAUAUAUUUGAUGACAAGCGUGCUGGGCGUUUUCCCCCUUGUUGGGAUCCUUUUCUCUUACUCACAAAUCGCUUCUUCCAUAAGGAAGAUGCUCUCACCUGAGGGGAAGCAAAAAGCCUUUUCCACCUGUGGGUCUCACCUGUCAGUCGUUUCUUUAUUUUAUGGCACAGGCGUUGGGGUCUACUUCACUUCUGCAGUGACUGGCUCAUUCCAGAAAAUCUCAGUGGCCUCAGUGAUGUACACUGUGGUCACCCCCAUGCUGAACCCCUUCAUCUACAGCCUGAGGAACCAGGAUGUGAAGGGGGCCCUGAGAAGACGCCUCAGCAGGCCAGCCUGUCUGUGA